UUCUUCACGUCAGUCCGACCAGAUAUUCGUUCGCGAGAAGCUCAACCAACACACCUUCAACACCGACAUUCAUACGAAUUCACACGCAUAACCCGCCAUCAUGGAGACCUCACGCGGCCCCCCACGGGUCAAAAACAAGUCUGCCUCAGCGCAGCAGAUCAGCGCCGAGCAGAUCCUCCGCGAAGCCUUCGAGCGACAGGAGCCAGGCCUGCAGGCACCCACGCAGCGCUUCGCCGACCUCGAAGAACUCCACGAAUUUCAGGGGCGCAAGCGGAAGGAAUUCGAAGACUAUGUGCGCCGCAACAGGAUCAACAUGAACAACUGGAUGCGGUAUGCGCAGUGGGAGCUCGAGCAGAAGGAGUAUGCGCGUGCAAGAUCGAUUUUCGAGCGCGCGCUUGAUGUCGAUGCGAGGAGUGUCAUCCUCUGGUUGAGAUACAUUGAGGCCGAGAUGAAGACGAGGAAUAUCAAUCAUGCAAGAAACUUGUUGGAUCGCGCGGUUACGAUCCUGCCGAGAGUGGAUAAGCUUUGGUACAAAUAUGUCUACAUGGAGGAGACUCUGGGCAAUAUUCCGGGUACGAGACAAGUGUUUGAGCGCUGGAUGAGCUGGGAGCCGGAGGAGGCCGCAUGGAGUGCGUACGUCAAGCUGGAAAAGCGGUAUGGUGAGAUCAGCAGGGCGAGAGCGAUCUUCCAGAGAUUCACGCAGGUCCAUCCCGAGCCAAGGAACUGGAUCAAGUGGGCUAGGUUUGAGGAGGAGUUUGGGACGGAGGAUAAUGUGCGCGAAGUCUUCACGACGGCCAUUGAGACGCUGGGCGAUGAGUUUAUGGAUGAGAAGCUAUUUGUUGCCUACGCAAGGUACGAAGCAAAACUCAAGGAGUACGAGCGAGCCCGCGUUAUCUACAAAUACGCUCUAGAUCGUCUUCCCCGGUCCAAAUCCUACCUCCUUCACAGAAACUACACGACAUUCGAGAAGCAGUACGGUGAACGGGAAGGAGUCGAGGACGUCAUCCUUUCCAAGCGGAGAGUGCAGUACGAGGAACAGAUCAAAGAGAAUCCCAAAAACUACGAUGUCUGGUUCGACUAUGCACGGCUCGAAGAGACCCUAGGCGACCCCGACCGGGUCCGGGACGUCUACGAGCGUGCCAUUGCGAACAUCCCGCCAACUCGCGAGAAGCGUCACUGGCGACGCUACAUCUACCUCUGGAUCUUCUACGUACUGUGGGAGGAGACAGUGGGCAAGAAUAUCGAGCGUACACGGCAGAUCUACAACGAGUGUCUCAAGCUCAUCCCGCACAAGCAGUUCACAUUCGCCAAGAUCUGGCUUCUCAAAGCUCACUUUGAGAUCCGUCAGAUGAACCUCUCCGCAGCACGCAAGACUCUCGGCCAAGCCAUCGGUAUGUGUCCAAAGGACAAGCUCUUCAAGGGUUAUAUCGAGCUAGAAACGAAGCUGCACGAGUUCUCGCGGUGCCGCACGCUGUACGAAAAGCACAUCGAGUUCAACCCGUCGAACGCGGCAACAUGGAUUCGUUUCGCGGAGCUCGAGAUCGCGCUCGAAGACGAGGACCGUGCGCGCGCCAUCUUCGAACUUGCCAUUGAGCAAGACACCCUUGAUAUGCCCGAGCUCGUGUGGAAAGCGUUCAUCGACUUCGAGGAGGAGUCUGGCGAGUUCGAGCGUACCCGCGACUUGUUCGAGCGGCUCCUGCAGAAGACCGACCAUGUCAAGGUAUGGAUUUCGUACGCGCACUUCGAGAUCAACGCGGACGAGAUCGAGGUGGAUGGCGAGGACACGGUGUCGGAGGAUGCCAAAGCACGUGCAAGAAAGGUGUUCGAUCGUGCGUACAAGAGCCUCAAAGAGAAGGAUCUCAAGGAGGAGCGGGUGGUGCUGCUCAACGCAUGGAAGAGCUUCGAGAGUACUCACGGAGGCGCCGAAGAUCUCAAGAAGGUCGAGGAUCAGAUGCCCAAGCGAGUCAAGAAGAGAAGAAAGCUCGACGACGACUCGUACGAGGAGUACAUGGACUACCUGUUCCCUGCCGACGAACAGGUCAACGCUGGCAUGCUCAAGCUCAUGCAGGCCGCGCAGAACUGGAAGAAGGCUCAGGAGCAGCUUGGGUCAUCGUAGGCUUGGGUAGAGGUGUGUUUUCGGUGUAUGAUAUUUUGGACUGGGCAUGGUGUAGAAGAAUGAUAUUUAAUGAUUAUCAAUUUAGUUAGCUAGCGAGAAUGCAUGAAGCGGGAAUGGGCUUUGUUAGCUC